GUACUAUGAGCCUGAGAAAGAAGGCUGGCUACAAACAAUUAACCACAUGCUGAAUAAGGAAAUAUACAAAAAUAGAAACCAUUUCCUAAAUAAAAAUAAUCAUAGAAAUCUUAAUUAAAAAAACAUUAUAAUAAAAAUGUGAACCCACCAUCACCUCUUUCCUUCUAAAUUCCUUCUAAGAAAGCCAUCAUCACUCUCACUCUCAAAUCCACUCAUCUUAAUAUAUAAACUCACACAAACCUUCUUAACAAACUCACUUAUUUUCAAGUCAAAAAAAAAAAAAAAGAACUCUUGUUUUUUCUCUAUUCAUCAUAGCCACCAUCAACAACCACAUAUGGCGUUAGUCCACCGCCGCCGCAGCCCCAAUCUCCGUCUCCCAGAAAUCGCCGACCACCGUCCUCGUUUCCCUGUUCCUCUUCCUGGCAACAUCUACAAACACCCUUCUUCCUCCUCAUCCGCCACCGUUGCCAGUGGUGACACUCUUUCUCCCGGUGACCUUGAAAAACUAUCUGUCCUUGGCCAUGGCAACGGCGGCACCGUCUACAAAGUCCGCCACAAAGUCACCUCUUCCAUCUACGCUCUAAAAGUAAACCACAACGACUCUGACCCCACCACGCGCCGCCGUACACUUGCUGAAAUCAACAUCCUCCGCCGCGCCGCUGAUUGUCCCAACAUCGUCAAAUACCACGGCUCCUUCGAGAAACCCACCGGAGACAUCUCCAUCGUAAUGGAAUUUAUGGAUUCCGGCAGCCUAGAAACCGACCUCAAAACAAAUGGCACUUUCUCCGAAUCGAAACUAUCCAGGGCGGCCCGUGACGUUUUAAACGGUCUCGCGUAUCUUCACGCGCGUAACAUAGCACACCGUGACAUUAAACCUUCGAACAUCCUCGUAAACAACAAAAACGAGGUAAAGAUUGCUGAUUUUGGUGUAAGUAAAUUAAUGGGUCGCACGCUUGAAGCAUGUAACUCUUACGUUGGCACGUGUGCUUAUAUGAGUCCUGAACGGUUUGACCCGGAAGUUUAUGGCGGGAAUUAUAACGGUUUUUCAGCUGAUAUAUGGAGUUUGGGUUUAACUCUCUUUGAACUUUAUGUGGGUCAUUUUCCAUUUCUUCAAUCGGGUCAACGACCCGAUUGGGCUACACUUAUGUGUGCGAUUUGCUUUUCCGACCCUCCGAGCCUCCCCGAGACUGCUUCAUCGGAGUUUCGUAAUUUUGUUGAGUGUUGCCUUAAGAAGGAAUCUGGUGAACGGUGGACGGCGGCUCAAUUGUUGACCCACCCGUUUUUGUGUAAAGACAUGGACGUUUGUUAAUUUGGGUUAACCCUGAUUUUUGUUCAAUUGGGUCGGGUAUUAUGUAAUGGAUAGGGUAAGUUUUUUUUUUUUUUGAGUAGUUUGUAUAUUCCUUCAUGAUUCUAUUUCUUUAUUUUGGAUUUAGGAAAAUGAUUCCACCUUUGAACAUUAUUAUUUUCUCCGGUGUUUAGGGAUAUUCCAAAUUCAGUGAAAAGCAAAAAAUUGCUGCUGAAUAAAGUGAAUUAUUUAUUUACCA